UUUAAUGGCCAUCAAUCAUACGGCGAGCUGGUAACGACAACAGACAUGUCUCUUCCUCCCAUCCCGCAGCAUCUGCCGGGGCUCCUUCCUCACAGGUCUCAGCACAGCAAAGUCUCAGAGAAGAGAGCAUCUACUCAGCAUCCAGCGCUGGGAGACUUCAAGGGGAUCUCCAUGAGCAAGGAGGAUCUGUCCAACUCCUGGCCAUCGGCGACGCUGAGGAGACUGAAGGCGAUAGCAGGGCAGCAGCACUCAGACCCUGUCCACCCAGUGCGGCGGUUUCUGGAGCAGGUGCCCAAGGGGAUGACUCGCUCCUAUGAAAGUGUGAUACAGCCCCCACCCAGGGCCAGGAGAGAGAUGCCCAGAGACCCCCCUCACCCGGGCAAAAGACCGCCACUCAAGCAGCACACUGGCCAGCAUGAGCGCCCCGCGGCGUCCCCUAAACCACAGCAAGAGGCGCCCUUCUCCCUGCGCCUCACCCCAGAGGCCAUCCUAGUCAUCCAGAAGAGGAACCUGGAUAAGCAGCGCAGUGCCAACCCCAGGAGGAUCUUCGCCAGCGCCAGUGGACGGUGCCCGAGGAGCUGUGUGCAGAGAUCGCCUCCAGAUGUCAGGGAGCUGGUGAAGAUCUCCCUGCUGAACGAUCAGCAUCGCUACGAUGACAUGGAGUAUGAGGAGGAGUGCUUUCUCAGGGACGCCGACGAGGGGCUCCUCAGGAAGUGCACUGAGUGGCUGCAGGGAGUAGAGAUGGCCACAGGGCGAGGGGGCAACCUGCACGAGAAACUGCAGUCUCUGCCACAUCUCAACACGUUUUGACUAUGGCUCAGAGUGCUGUAAUAAUGACUCUUCUACUGCCAAGUACUGGUCACUGUGCCGGACACAGGGGGCAAAUGAUGUCCCCAAACCUGCCCAUGGGACCAUUGUAAAGUGUUCUCCAAGAUCUGUUGUGUGAUGUCAAAAGUUGGGUUGUUUCUUUCUGCUGGAGGCUCUGCUGCUCCCAGUAGCUUUUGCAGUGGAGAGUCCUUUGUCAUACACCUGAUUUGGUGGCAUCUGAGGGACUUCUAUAGUAUAUAAGUAGGGGUCCGGUGCCUGGGUAUUUGGAAACCAUGUUGAUUGUGGGUGUGCUGGAUGCAGUCCUGCUGAGUGCCUAUGGGGAUUAGCAAACAGUUCCUGAUCUCUUACAGUGUGAGUGGAAUGAACAGUGCUUGUUCUGAUAUAAUUCCUUUGGGUGUUAGCUCCGUAAAGGUCGGUUUACACGUCCCGAUGUUACAGCCGAUUGUGGGGAAAGAUGCGUUCCGACAGCCGGGUUUUCGCUCAGUGAAGGAGACCACUGUAUUCCUUCACAGUAUGAGGACCAGGGAUUGCUUUUGCGAUUGCUUGUCUCCAUAUAGAAUCAUUGUUUCUAGGCGGCAGAUUGACGUUUAGACCGCACAAUCUGCUGCCCAGAAACAAUGAUUGAUAUGCCUGCACGAACGACAGGAUCAUGCGAUAAGCAAGCCUUUUGCUCGUUCAUCGGGUGAUUGGUAGCACAUUUAGAUGGGCAGAUUAUCAGGAAAGAGCGUUUGCAGGAACAGAUGUUUUCUGAUUAUCUGCCCAUGUAAAUCCACCUGAAGGGUACAGUCACAGGGUCAGGUUUCUGCAUGCAGUUUUGGAAGCCAAAACCAGGAGUGAAUUUAAAAUAGUCAUGUCUGUCCUUUAUACUUCCUCUCCAUUUAUGAUCCUCUUCUUAUUUUGGCUUCCAAAACUGCAUCAGGAAACCUGACCGUGUGGCCGUACCCUGGAGGUGGCUAUACAUGAUUGGAGUAGAUUGAUGGCUGAAUAAUGAUUGCACAACAAUCUGGUGAAAGCCAUUCCAACUCAUUCACCAUGAACAGUAGCAAGGCUCUCAAUACAUAUAAGAAGGGCACUCACUGAAAACUGCUCCAAAGCUCGGCUGCGGAAAAGGAUAAUUUGAUCUGAAACGCGUUGUCUUGGAGCAGUUUUCAGUGAUUGCCCUUCUUAUAUGUAUUGAGACCAUUGGUACUGUUCGUGAAUUGGAAUUGCUUUGGAAUAAAGUGAAGUUUGACUGCGGUGCUGACACCUCUACUGUACAUGGAUUACUCUGCUGUGUCAAGACGCUGAGAGCGCCCAAUGCCGUUUGUUUAUAUUUCUAAUCUGAUGAAAGAGCAUGUCGUGGACACGGUCAUAAGGCGCAUAUAGACGAGUAGACGGUUGUUCCAAUUGGGGCACUAAUGAUACGUGUAGUGUAGUGUAGAUGGAUGUAAUGACUGAAUGAUUGUACUGCUUCUUCAUCACCUAUACAAUUGUUUAUGAGAACAAAUAAAUUAACAUUUUAUGGUUCUUGUUAUUCACCGAUGUGACCGAUGUAAGAACAAGCGUGUUUUAUGUAAAUCUUUGCUGUCGAAAUACAGUGAACAAUCCUCGAUUAGGCUAGUUUCACAUGUGCGGUAUGAGAUCUGGCAGGCUGUUUCGGCAUUCUGUUGGAGCUCUCUGGAUCCGGACAGUACUAGAAUUAACUAUAAUGGGGUCCGGCUACCCAUCAAAUAUGCAGUGAUUUAAGUCCGGACGAUUCUCUGCAUAUUUGCUGGUUAGCGGCCGGAUUUCAGCUGGACCCCAUUAUAGUUAAUGGGGCCAGUGGGCAUUCCAGUACCGUCCGGCAGUGCGGGAUCCAGAGAGCUCUAGCAGGCUGACCCCUGCCAAAACAGUCUGCUCGAUCGCUUACCGCAUAUGUGAAACUAGCCUUAGCGAGUAAAUUUGUACAGGAUAAUAAUGUAUGAAAAUGAUUGUCAUCAGCUUUAUAUCUUUAAAUACCAUA